AUGGCGGAACGGGCCAAUCUGGUAUUUCACAAUAAAGUGAUAGAUGGAACUGCUAUUAAACGACUUAUUAGCCGAUUAAUAGAUCACUUCGGGAUGGCAUAUACAUCACACAUCCUAGAUCAAGUAAAGACUCUGGGUUUCCAGCAAGCCACUGCUACAUCCAUUUCAUUAGGAAUUGAUGAUCUUUUAACGAUACCUUCUAAGGGCUGGCUUGUCCAAGAUGCUGAACAACAAAGUUGGAUUUUGGAAAAACACCAUCAUUAUGGGAAUGUACAUGCGGUAGAAAAAUUACGCCAAUCUAUUGAGAUAUGGUAUGCUACAAGUGAAUAUUUGCGACAAGAAAUGAAUCCUAAUUUUAGGAUGACGGACCCCUUCAAUCCAGUCCAUAUGAUGUCUUUUUCGGGAGCUAGGGGAAAUGCAUCUCAAGUACAUCAAUUAGUAGGUAUGAGAGGAUUAAUGUCGGAUCCCCAAGGACAAAUGAUUGAUUUACCUAUUCAAAGCAAUUUACGCGAAGGACUGUCUUUAACAGAAUAUAUUAUUUCUUGCUAUGGAGCCCGUAAAGGAGUUGUAGAUACUGCUGUACGCACAUCAGAUGCUGGAUAUCUUACGCGUCGACUUGUUGAAGUAGUUCAACAUAUUGUUGUACGUAGAACAGAUUGUGGCACUAUCCGAGGGAUUUCGGUGAGUCCUCGAAAUAAAAAUCGGAUGAUGUCAGAAAGAAUUUUUAUCCAAACAUUAAUUGGUCGUGUCUUAGCAGACGAUAUAUAUAUAGGUUCCCGAUGUGUCGCCUUUCGAAAUCAAGAUCUUGGGAUUGGACUUGUCAAUCGAUUAAUAACCUUUGGAACACAAUCAAUAUCCAUUCGAACUCCCUUUACUUGUCGGAGUACAUCUUGGAUCUGUCGAUUAUGUUAUGGUCGGAGUCCCACUCAUGGUGACCUCGUUGAAUUGGGGGAAGCUGUAGGUAUUAUCGCGGGUCAAUCGAUCGGCGAACCGGGGACUCAACUAACAUUAAGAACUUUUCAUACCGGCGGAGUAUUUACAGGAGGUACUGCCGAACAUGUACGAGCCCCUUAUAAUGGAAAAAUCAAAUUCAAUGAGGAUUUGGUUCAUCCUACACGUACACGUCACGGGCAUCCUGCCUUUCUAUGUUAUAUAGACUUGUCUGUAAUUAUUGAGAGCGAAGAUAUUAUACAUAGCGUGACUAUUCCACCAAAAAGUUUUCUUUUAGUUCAAAAUGAUCAAUAUGUGGAAUCAGAACAAGUGAUUGCUGAGAUUCGCGAGGGAACAUACACUUUUCAUUUUAAAGAGAGGGUUAGAAAAUAUAUUUAUUCUGACUCAGAGGGCGAAAUGCACUGGAGUACUGAUGUGUCCCAUGCACCCGAAUUUACAUAUAGUAAUGUCCACCUCUUACCAAAAACAAGUCAUUUAUGGAUAUUAUCCGGAGGUUCAUGUGGAUCUAGUCUAAUUCGUUUUUCGAUCCAUAAAGAUCAAGAUCAAAUGAAUAUACCCUUUCUUUCCGCCGAAAGAAAAUCUAUUUCUAGCCUCUCAGUGAAUAAUGAUCAAGUGAGCCAAAAAUUUUUUAGUUCCGAUUUUGCCGAUCCAAAAAAAUUAGGGAUUUACGAUUAUUCAGAAUUGAAUGGAAACUUAGGUACUAGUCAUUAUAAUUUAAUAUAUUCUGCUAUUUUUCAUGAGAACUCGGAUUUAUUAGCAAAAAGACGAAGAAAUAGAUUUCUCAUUCCAUUCCAAUCGAUUCAAGAGCAAGAGAAAGAAUUCAUACCGCAGUCAGGUAUCUCGGUUGAAAUACCCAUAAAUGGUAUUUUCCGUAGAAAUAGUAUUUUUGCUUUUUUUGAUGAUCCUAGAUACCGAAGAAAGAGUUCCGGAAUUCUUAAAUAUGGGACUCUAAAGGCGGAUUCAAUCAUCCAAAAAGAGGAUAUGAUUGAGUAUCGAGGAGUCCAAAAAAUUAAGACAAAAUACGAAAUGAAAGUAGAUCGCUUUUUUUUCAUUCCUGAGGAAGUGCAUAUUUUACCCGAAUCCUCUGCCAUAAUGGUACAGAACUAUAGUAUCAUUGGAGUGGAUACACGACUCACUUUAAAUAUAAGAAGCCAAGUCGGCGGGUUGAUCCGAGUAGAGAAAAAAAAAAAAAGGAUUGAACUCAAAAUAUUUUCAGGGGAUAUCCAUUUUCCGGACAAGACAGAUAAAAUAUCCCGACACAGUGGCAUCUUGAUACCGCCAGGAAGAGGAAAAAAAAACUCGAAGGAAUCCAAAAAAUUUAAAAAUUGGAUUUAUGUCCAACGGAUUACACCAACCAAGAAAAAGUUUUUUGUUUUGGUGCGGCCCGUAGCCACCUAUGAGAUAGCGGACAGUAUAAAUUUGGCAACACUCUUCCCACAAGAUCUCUUUCGGGAAAAGGAUAAUAUUCAACUUCGAGUUUUCAACUAUAUCCUUUAUGGAAAUGGCAAACCAACUCGAGGAAUUUCUGACACAAGUAUUCAAUUAGUUCGAACUUGUUUAGUCUUGAAUUGGGACAAAAAUUCUUCUCUCGAGGAGGUCCGUGCUUUCUUUGUUGAAGUAAGUACAAAGGGUUUGAUUCAAGAUUUCAUAAGAAUUGGCUUAGUGAAAUCCCAUAUUUCAUAUAUAAGAAAAAGGAAUAAUUCGCCAGAUUCGGGAUUGAUCUCUGCAGAUCACAUGAAUCCGUUUUAUUCGAUUUCGCCCAAGUCUGGCAUUCUUCAACAAUCACUUAGACAAAAUCACGGAACUAUUCGCAUGUUCUUAAAUCGAAAUAAGGAGUCCCAAUCUUUGUUAAUUUUAUCAUCAUCUAAUUGUUUUAGAAUGGGUCCAUUUAAUCAUGUAAAACAUCACAAUGUGAUAAACCAAUCAAUAAAAAAAAAUACUCUAAUUACAAUUAAAAAUUCGUCGGGCCCCUUAGGAACAGCUACCCCAAUUUCAAAUUUUUAUUCGUUUUUGCCUUUACUAACUUAUAAUCAGAUCUCUUUAAUUAAAUAUUUUCAACUUGAUAACUUAAAAUAUAUUUUUCAAAAAAUUAACUCUUAUUUAAUCGAUGAAAACGGAAUAAUUUUAAAUCUCGACCCAUAUAGUAACGUUGUUUUGAAUCCAUUCAAAUUGAAUUGGUAUUUUCUUCAUCAAAAUUAUCAUCAUAAUUAUUGUGAGGAAACGUCCACAAUAAUUAGUCUUGGACAAUUUUUUUGUGAAAAUGUAUGUAUAGCUAAAAAAGAACCGCACCUAAAAUCGGGUCAAGUUUUAAUUGUUCAAAGGGAUUCCGCAGUAAUAAGAUCCGCUAAGCCCUAUUUGGCUACUCCGGGAGCAAAAGUUCAUGGGCAUUACAGCGAAAUUCUUUACGAAGGGGAUACAUUAGUUACAUUUAUAUAUGAAAAAUCGAGAUCCGGUGAUAUAACCCAAGGUCUUCCAAAAGUAGAACAAGUUUUAGAAGUCCGCUCGAUUGAUUCAAUAUCGUUGAACUUAGAAAAGCGGAUUAAGGGUUGGAACAAGUGUAUAACAAGAAUUCUUGGAAUUCCUUGGGGAUUCUUGAUUGGUGCUGAGUUAACUAUAGUGCAAAGUCGUAUUUCUUUGGUUAAUAAGAUUCAAAAGGUUUAUCGAUCCCAGGGGGUGCAGAUUCAUAAUAGGCAUAUCGAAAUUAUUGUACGUCAAAUAACAUCAAAAGUUUUGGUUUCCGAAGAGGGAAUGUCUAAUGUUUUUUUACCUGGAGAACUUAUUGGAUUAUUACGAGCAGAACGAACGGGGCGUGCUUUAGAAGAAGCAAUCUGUUAUCGAGCCGUUUUAUUAGGAAUAACUCGAGCAUCUUUGAAUACUCAAAGUUUUAUAUCCGAAGCAAGUUUUCAAGAAACUGCUCGAGUUUUAGCAAAAGCUGCUCUUCGGGGUCGUAUCGAUUGGUUGAAAGGCCUGAAAGAAAAUGUUGUUCUAGGGGGGGUGAUCCCCGCCGGGACCGGAUUCAACAAAGGAUUGGUGCAUUGUUCACGGCAACAUACCAACAUUAUUUUGGAAAAAAAAACAAAGAAUUUAGCUUUAUUCGAGGGAGAUAUGAGAGAUAUUUUAUUCUACCACAGGGAAUUUUGUGACUCUUCUAUUUCCAAAUCUGACUUUUCUAGGAUUUAA